ACCGUCCGUUAGCGCCAAUCUAGAAUUCAAAGUCAUAAGCUGUAGUAAACUUCAUAAGGUUCCCCAGAGAUGCCUGAAACUGAUGCAGGUUACGAAGAUGGUGUGGAAGAACGUGUUAUUAAUGAAGAAUAUAAAAUUUGGAAAAAGAAUACUCCUUUCUUGUAUGAUAUGGUUAUGACUCACGCCCUGGAAUGGCCAAGUCUUACAGCUCAAUGGUUACCUGAAGUCACAAGACCAGAAGGUAAAGAUUUUUCUAUUCAUCGACUUAUCUUGGGAACUCAUACAUCUGAUGAACAAAAUCACUUACUUAUUGCUAGUGUUCAUAUGCCAAAUGAUAAUGCUCAAUUUGAUCCUAAUAGUUAUGAUGUUGAACGUGGUGAGUUCGGUGGGUUUGGUGCAGUAACCGGUAAAAUUGAGAUCAAUAUAAAAAUCAAUCACGAGGGUGAAGUAAAUCGAGCUCGUUAUAUGCCACAGAAUCCAUGUGUAAUCGCUACUAAAACGCCUAGUUCUGAUGUUUUGGUGUUUGAUUAUACCAAACAUCCAAGUAAACCUGAUCCAUCUGGUGUAUGUCGACCGGAAUUACGUUUAAGAGGGCAUCAAAAAGAAGGUUAUGGUUUAUCAUGGAAUCCAAAUUUAAAUGGUUAUUUGUUGUCUGCGUCGGAUGAUUAUACUAUUUGUAUGUGGGAUAUUAAUGCAACUCCAAAAGAAGGUCGUAUUAUAGACGCUCAAACUAUAUUCACUGGUCAUACAAGUGUUGUAGAAGAUGUCAGUUGGCAUCCAUUACAUGAAUCUAUAUUUGGUUCAGUUGCUGAUGAUAAAAAACUUAUGAUAUGGGAUACACGUAGUGGUUGUACAACACGUCCUAGUCAUACAGUUGAUUCACAUUUAGCUGAAGUUAAUUGUUUAUCAUUUAAUCCAUUUAGUGAAUACAUAUUAGCCACUGGUAGUGCUGAUCGAACUGUUGCACUAUGGGAUUUACGUAGUUUACAAAUGAAGUUACAUUCAUUUGAAUCGCAUAAAGAUGAAAUAUUUCAAGUUCAAUGGUCACCACAUCAUGAAACUAUUCUUGCUAGCUCCGGUACCGAUCGACGUCUACAUGUUUGGGAUCUUAGUAAAAUUGGUGAAGAACAAUCAGCUGAGGAUGCUGAAGAUGGACCACCGGAAUUACUGUUCAUUCAUGGUGGACAUACAGCGAAAAUUUCAGAUUUUUCGUGGAAUCCAAAUGAUGCAUGGGUUAUUUGUUCCGUAUCUGAAGAUAAUAUACUACAAGUGUGGCAAAUGGUAUGUUUUCUCUUAUUGUAAGAAUUUAUCUAGUUUAUAGCAUAGUUGGGUCUUGAAUUAUCCUGUUUUUUUUAAUAUUCAGGAUUGAUUUCUUCAUCUGUCUUUUAACAUGUAUGCGUCCUAUACAGCUAUUUUAUCACACACCAUCAUGGAUCGGUUGUAGCCAGCAGUGAAAACAAGGAUGCGCGUCUUGUCAUAACUAAAACUCGUCAGCUGUUCGUACCUGCAUACCAAGGUUGACAUUCACAUUAAGAGUUAAACUCAAUACCUUUCGAUUCAAAAAUCAAUGGUCUGCGUACUCAACGGGUCACCGAAAUUGCUGUUACAAGUGGUUGAAAAAAUUGGUUGUUUUACUCUCACCAAUAUACUUUCUUACCACUAUCAAGCAAUCUAAAGUAACUAACGAAAAGUCCUAAACCUUCAGAUUUAUUCUUAUCCAAUGUGCAUAUAAUCUGAACUGAUUCUACUAAUGCGAUUGAGAUCAAUAUCAUCAUCCACCUUUUUUGAAAAUUGGGAAGGUUACUACUGACAGGAUCUAUCAUAUAAUGGUCUCUGAGUAAUUAAGUUGUUCAACAUUCAACCAUUAGGUCGAAAGUGCGAGUCUGAACCUACAUGUUUCUGUUUAUACAUCCGGGUAGUAGAGUAGUAAUAGUAGUAGUACCGGUGGUAUCAUUAGUUCUCACGCAUAAAAUGUAAGAUGGAAAGUCCAUUACACAAAUCUGUACAAAUUUUUGGAUGAUUUAUAUUAGACUACUCGAUAGUGAAAGAGAAACGUGUUGUAACUCAACUAAUUCAGUGUUUGUAUAUCUCUCUGUGUUUAUUAUUUCAGGCUGAGAAUAUUUACAAUGAUGAAGAACUUCCACUGACCAUUGAAAAUGAAUAGAUUUAUAUUCAAUGUGCAUUUCACACUUUUUUCCCAUUUUUUUUUAUUUACACAUCACUACUAUCAUACUUAUUUACUAAAUGAAAAAUAAAAACAACUUAUGUAAC